AUGAGCAGCUAUUAUCGCGGAUGGGCGGCCAAUGUCACCUUCAUACCAGCUUCCUCCUCGAAUUGUCCGUCAGUAUCACCGAGUUCUGAGAUGGCGGCUACGUCAAACACAGGGACCACAACCACAGGGACCACAACCACAGGGACCACAACCACAGGGACCACAACCACAGGGACCACAACCACAGGGACCACAACCACAGGGACCACAACCACAGAGAUCACAACAACGUCUGCAGGCACAACUCUUACCACAAGUGAAACAUCCCUUGCCACUGACGGAGCCACCAGACGGCGGUGUUUGCUUCAGCACCUGGACGGCCGCUACUACUGGACUUCACCCAACUAUCCUGAUCCUUAUCCCAACCAUAUCCACUGCGGGUUGAGAGUAAUAUCGGAUGGCGGCAAGAUUGUGGUCAGGCUGCUUGAUUUCGACCUCCAGCCCAGGGAGUUACGCGUCUGCCACGACAAGUUGACCAUAGUAGCUUUGUACGACCAUGAAACUGAGCUAUGUAACACGCUUAAAUGGAGUCAGAGGGUUCACGUCUCGGCAUCGUUCUUUUACAUCAAGUUCUCGACGGACGAUAGAAUAGUCCGCCGCGGCUUCAACAUCAGCAUUGAGGGAGUCAGUUCGAGCUGCCACAAGACUAUCCAAGAGACUGCUGACUCCCAAGGUGUGAUCGAAUUGCCAGGCCUAUCUUAUUAUGAGAAGAAAGAAGAGCAUUGUGAAUACCGCGUCCAGGCACCUGAAGGCUAUCAAGUAAAGCUUACCACACUCAAAUUAAGUACAGAUACAUCCAAAGGCUGCUGGAAAGAAUAUGUCUUGAUCAACCUGCACGGAGAGAGAAACUACCCGGCAGUAUCGAGCAUCAUUUACUGUGGAAGCCAAUACUACCAAGAGAUGAGCCACGUGACCACUGAGGGAGUGCUCUCUGUAGUCUAUAAAGGGAAGAACACAAUCACCAGAGGCAUGCGAGCCACCUAUUCCAUCACGGCAGACAUCUCGUAA